CGAAUUAAUUUUUAAAUGAGUUAUACACGUGUCCUUUUGUCAUGUGGUUCUUUCUGUUGUUCGCUCUCUUUGCAGGCUGCCAAACCGGUGACGGAGGUACCCGCCCAACCGGCCAUCCUGAAUGCCGCAGCCCCUCUGCUCAAGACACCCCUCUCGCAAGCCCAGCAAGCAUACAAUGCAGCGACCUACACGGCCGUGGCAGCUAGGGCCGCCUACGGAGCUGCAGCGGCAGCACAACCGACCGUAGCAGGCUACGCCACCGUUGCGGGAUACGGACGAGAAUACGCCGAUCCGUACCUUGGUCACGGAAUUGGACCAGUUCCCGGUUACGGAGCAACCAUGUAUCGAGGAACGUACAACCGUUUCGCGCCAUAUUAGAUUUAAGCAGACAAAGCUUGUUCCGUUCAUCCGCCAUAUUUUGUAUGACACGUAUACAACAACAACCCCUUUUUUCUGCACACGCGUGUCCGUUUGUUUACAUUUUUCUUUCGACUCGCGAAACAAACAAUAGGGCAGGCAGACGAGCGGUGAAAGCGUCGGAAACGAUUCCCAGUGAGGAGGAAACGAAUGGAAAUUAAUCAACAAACAACAUAAGAAACCACUAAUCCAGGAUCGAUACCAAAGUUGUAGCACAAAACCAUGAAUGAUGAUGAUGAUUAAGAGGAAAGAAAAGAAGAAUUAACGAGUCCGAUGCUAGAAUGGUAGCAUCGAGGCCUACAACAACGCCGCCAUUGCAGUGGAAAUUACGCAUGCUCUCUCCCUAUAUCUAAGUAAUGUUCGUCAUAUCUGCCGUUGUAGAUAUACGCAUUGUUCUCUCGUAAACGCACUCACCGAUAGGACACGGAGCGAAAUCGACGCACGCACGUACGUCAAGGAUGAUUGUGACAACCAUGACACACUGAAACAAACAAUGAUAUUCGAUUGUGACGGAAGCAAAAACGUGACAACAAGAGGUCAAUCUCUCUUCUAAUGUGGUGGCCGUAGACGGUAGGAUUUAUAGUUUUGAAGGGGGUUUUCGGUUCACCGAAACUCCUCUAGUUAGGAGACAGGGUGGCAACCUAGCCCAGAAUACUCACAGAAAGUUUUCCCGAUUCCGUUUGCAAGCGGUUCCUUCCAGAAUGAAAACCGGUAUUGGCGGUACACAAGUAGUUCCUGUAGAAACAGCUAACGGAAAAAGUUACAAAGUCAUCCUUAGAAUCUUCCAAAAUUGUUUUUUUAUUACGAUUAGGUUAUUUUUUUUCAGUUACCAUCAUACCGAGAAUUUAGUGAGAUGUCAGUGUUUUUUGGUAAAAUUUAUAAAGUUUGUAGAAUUCUUUUUUGUGCCUCGGAAAUUUCUUCCGUAGAAAUUCCUCGAGGGUAAUGCUCAAAAUCGCAUAUAUAUAAUGUAUUAUCUCUGAAUGUCAUAAUGUGAAAUAAAUGAAAAGAUUUGUGAAGUUAGUAUUGCUCUGAUUCUAGUACUGCUCAGUGUCAAUCGCAACUGUGUUACAGUACUAGAUUGAAGUUGAAGUUCUCAGUCCACGUCGUUGUCCUUGAUUCUAGUUUUAGAGGAAACACACAAACACACGAAAAACACACUCUGCAGAAUGAUUUUAUAUUAAAAUUAUUCUACUACGACACGAAAUACAAAUCGCGAUCGCGAAAUGGAAGCGAAAGCUAAUGCUACAAAAACACGUAAUAACAAAAAGGAGCCAAAGUUAUCGACUAACCAGAAUCAAUAUAGACGCAAGCAAAGGGAAGCAAAAGCAAACAUACAAAGUUACAAAACAUGUUAAUAAUUCCCACAGAAAAUAAAAAUCGAGUCUGAUUUUUCCCUCCAAGGACUCGCUAGUAGGUAGUCAAUGUGCUCACGCUAUAGCAAACAUAAACACAAACGCGCAGGCAGACAAACACGUCCGUACAGGAAUCUGUUUUCCGUUGUUUUGGCAGCUUUACGAAUUUUGGUGUUGUACAAUUUCCAAAAUUUACAAUAUAGACGGUAAAAUAGGGCGGGUGUAUGUGUGUACGAAUUGUACGAAACGUCUCAGCCCAGUCAGUCAACACCAUCACCAGUCUCGAUAGUCAUAGAGAGGGGCCACAAAUACUCAGCAACCUCUAUAGCUCUUCUAGUACUGCACCGAGUGAGCUGCUCCGAGAGAUUAGGUUCUACGACCGCACGCAGCCGCGCAAAAACUUCUCAGUUAAAAUGGAACGGAAAUCUACUCAUAUUAUACUAUACCUAGGUUUAAUCUCUUUUAUUCUAGUACGUCCGUGGCGGCGCGUUGUCAUAUCGGUUCAAAUCUCGAAUUGCGCACAAAGGAAAAACCGUAUAUUUUUAUGUUAAUCGUUUACUCUUAUGGAGGGAUAAGUUUGGAGAUGAGUUAUACUACAGUCAUUAUCGAAGUACAUCAGAGUUCUAAGGUUAGGUAGGCACUGGUGCGCUCGCACACAUGUUUAAUCAUCACCCACACAAAUGCAACUGAUGCGGACACGUAACUCAGACAAAACAGCAGACGCCGAAGUAGGACGAAGGGAAGAAGCAAACAAACUCAAUCAGGGCAUUCUAUGUUUGUAAGAUUUAGUUUUUCGUUUUAAUGGUAACGUUCAUUAUACAUUGAAUAGUUUUAGGUUAUGUGUUACGCUGUCAAAAAUGAGGAGCGCUGUAGUUGGUAGUGUCGAUUGUCGAAUUACGUGCAAACUGGAUGGGGAGGGGGGGAGGAGUUUUCAGCUCUAGUACUGCUUUAUUUGGUAGUGGAUGGUUGUGAUUGAGAAAAUAGAAGGUUACAUCUUCUUUGUAAGACAGAUUGCUUGACAGAAAUCUGUGCAGUUUACAGACUUCUUGCUUUUGAGAUGUUUGAUUACACUAGCCAUGGGCAAUUUUUCUUCAAAGCCAACUUCUUCUCGAAUACCUUAAGUGUUUUGCGGAGUUUGGCCCUCAUGAUGGUCCAAAAUGCCUUAUACCGACAAUGGGUUGACCUGUUCUGCUACGCCAAACCAAGAACUUAACAACUUUCUCCAUGUUCUCCUUUCUUUGUUGUCCGGCAUGACUAACCUCAUUUGCGUCAACCACUCCCGGGUACAGAUUUCUGGUUUGUCGUUCCGGUUAGGUGCCUUUCUUCAAAAAGUCGGCUUAGGUGGCACGUUUUCCUACUAUUGGGAGAUUUGUGCCUUGCAUGCCUUCCUUACCUUGUAAACAUGAAGUUCGACACGUUUGCAGGUAGAAACAUUAGCCUUCUUGGCCAUAUCACGGAACGAGAGAUUCGGGCGACGCUUGAAUAAAUUUAACACCUUCCUUGCCUUUAUCGGAUCAACUGUCGUUAGGUUACUGAAAUUGCCUGACUACCACUUUCUUGGUUUCCUUGAACAAAUUUACCGCCAGGAACGCCGUCGAAUGAUGCAAACUUUGGAAGAUGUUUUCCGAUCCAUCCAUGAGACACAGUUGAAUUUUCCACAACAGCACACACAUUUUUUGCUGGAUCAUGUCUUGUUUUGAUGCCAUCUCGAUAACCACUUGACAGAUUGUGUCAACGUCAACAUUACACUUAACUGGUUCCAGUGAAAACAAUCGCCAGUUAAGUUCUGCAUUCUGUAUCCUAGAGGACUGACUUUUGUAAGCGGAUUUCUUCGGAUGCGUUUCAGAAAAUCCAUCGCAGUUUACACCUGAAAGAAGGAAACAAUUUGAUUAGAUAUUUUGCCAGAUGAAAACUGCUCUUCAACGUAAGCUUCAAUGUGGAUGUUCUACUCUAAAUUCUACUUAGAAGCACUGCAAAACUUCUCCACGUGUUCGAUCGUCACUUCCGGAUUUUCUUAGCGAAAACAAAAACAAACUGUCAACAAUGCGCCCUUCAGAAACACCUUCUGAUUGCAGGUCAGGGGCUAGACACUGUGUAAACAGGAGCAACUCUGAUAAAUUUGUAGCAAAUCUUUUUAUAAACAUUUAUUCAGAAACGUCUCUAAAAAGUACAAGUUUUCAUUGUUUCUGAAGGUUUUUGUCCAGUUUUUGUUUACGGAAAUCUAGGGGCAAGACACUGUGCAACUCGGAUCAACUCUGAGCAAUGCUGAAUAUCACUCUUUGUUAGAAUCCAUUCAGAAACGUCUCUGUAAUGCGGAAAAUUGAGCAAUAAUGCCAGAGGAAUGGUGAGCGUGACUUUCGCUAUAUCUGUCUUGCCAUAGUCCAAGGAUUGCGCAGAGUUGCUCUGGAUUGAACAGUAUUUCAACUGAUUUCUCAUAGAAGAAGUCCUCCUCUUGAGAUCAUCAGUACUAGACUAGUAAAUUGUUCUAAUUGAACCUUUUUGUACGCACAUAUGACUAGACAUACGAAGCCCAGUAACAAUGAAAAUGACGGGUUUAUAUGGAGAUGCAAAUAACACCGUUCGUAUAUCAUAACAACAGUGUUCUGAAGCAUGGAAAGCUUUGGAAGCUCCCUUUUUUCUACUCCAUAUCCUCCAGAACAUAUAAAUCGACUUUUGACAAAGAAAAAACACACACCAACAGCUCAAAGACGGCAAGAGAAAACCAAAACAUUAGACAAGUUAGUGCUAGUUAGUUAUCGAUAGACCCUAGGUUUAUAGAAAUAUUACGAUGUCGCAGGACAAACAAUAGGAAAUGCAACCGCGCAAAAUACGAAACAAACACACACUCACACAAACACACCGUCGUCGUUGUCGUCACUUUGUUUAAACGUCUAGAGAUGUAGGGGAAUUUAAUUGUUUUCAAACCAGAAGCGUCUCUCUAAGAACACGCAGGCCAUAUUUGAUUUAAGACGAUUCAGAUAGUUCGAGUUUUGUUUUUAGGUUGGUUAUAUUUUUCUGUUUUUUUUUAUUCUCCUGUAGAAGUAGAAACUUCCAAUCAUACAUAACGAAGAUAUAUUCUAGUGAUAAUCGUAUUCUCCGAUUCCGAUGAUUAGGUCCUCUCUAUAGUGCACGCAAAUAAAGUGCUGCAGCAUCAGCAAGGAGCCAUUUUUAUUGAACUGAUCGAGCUUACUCACUAUUGCUUUCUGAAUUAAACUUUUUAAACACGAGUAGAACCAUAAAGGUCUUACUCCAUCGAGUUUUGAUGGACCGUCAUAUUACAUCAUGCUUUCUCUUUAUCUUCACCAGUGAGCCGAUUGGUAACAAUUUCGGCCAUAUUCGUUUCAUCUGAGACUGCAAAAAAAAUCGCUGAAGCUUACCCGUUUGAUGAAAACACGUAAAGCUUGGAAACGAACGUGUAGAACUCAUGUGUUGCGAUUUCGUCUGUACAUAGCUAAUUGUAUACUUUGUUUCUAUCAAAUUAGACUAAAAAAAUCACCAUUGGAGAACGGCUCGUAAUCGCAAUUAAAACGAGAAACAUCAGACACAAAAAACUCAGACUCAUGUUUUCCAUCGUUCUCUCCAACAAAGCUGUUUAGUAUUCAAGUCAAAGGAUCCGAAAGUCGAAUUAUUCCAUUUUCGGCAUCACCGUAUUGCAAGAAAACAACAUAACAAAACAAACGGGACAGUGAAGAAGCUUUAAAACGAUACUCUUCCAGUUGAAAUGCAAACAGAGUUAUUAAGUAUAUAUAUUUAGGAAACCACUCCGCCGCAGCUCUAUAGGAACUCCUCGGAUAGUGCAUCAAUGAAAUUGCGAUUCCAAAAGCAUCACAAACCAACACGCUCUCCAAAUCGUAGAAUAGAAUUUAACGGAAGUUUCCGCGAUUCAAUGGUGAAGAGGUUAGGGACGUACCGAUCUAAAAGGCCGACAUCCUUCCAUUGACCCAGAUCCCAGAAACGCUAAACGUAAGCUCAAAUAUAUUGUCACAAAAAUACAAAUAAUCUUAGCGCUUAGACGAAGGAAAGUAAUUCAAAAGAAGAUAAAUGAACAAGAAUCACAAAUAGAAACCUAGUUCUAGAGAAGUAAUUUUAAAAAUUUAAAAAUCUACAAAAAAAACAAACCGAGAAGUCUAAAAACUUCCCACUUUCGCCAAAUUAUUAUUACUAUUGAUAAGGAUAUUACAAGAAAAAAGUACAUUAUAAUUAUUACUCUCUAAUCAUAGUGUUAUAGAACCGCAAGGAAGAAAGAUGAAGCUUAUGCGCGCGCAACAAAGCAGAACAGUGUGGAUAGAGAACAGUGAAAACACCCCCGAAACUCAAACCCGUGUAGGAAGCCCCUAGCUAGCUCAGAUCCCUGACCGAUUAGGAUCGCACUUUUUUCCGAUUUCCUCUUUUUAUCCCAUCUGGCAAUUGAAAAAAAAAACAUCGUAGACACACCGCGUGAAAGCGUCGUCACUGAGUUUAAACACAGGAACAGAACCCACGCGUCACUCCACUUGAGAUUCCUCUCUCACGUACCAAUUGUAGCGAAAAGAAACAAAAGCAAAAUAAACAGUAGAAAACGAGAAUCCAAAAAGUCAGUCAACAAAACCCGGUCCAGGUAAAACAGGAAGCAGACACAAACUGGUCGAGGGAAAAGAAAGGAGCUAAAAACAGAAUCUGAUGAAAAAAGGUAUUUGAGAGAAUUACUAGGUCGUAGGAAGUAAACAGAAAAAAAGUAAGAAAACCAUUUAAAAAGUACCACUUGUUCUUCUUAUUUUAUAAUAAAAUCUCGUAAAAUGCCAAA